ACCAGCACCACCAAGUUUCCCCCUCCUCGCUCUCCUCUCCUCCACACUUUGAGGAAACAUCCAAACACUCCUUCUCCACGGACGAAAUACUCGAUUUUUACAGUACAGGAUAGGAAAAUCAUCAUACUGGUAACCAUAGUUUGAAGUCAGAUCUGAGCAAUGGGGGAGGAGAAGAUGAUGACAGCGAAUUCCGAGGCGGCUGCGCCGGCGGCGGCGGUCGAGCUGCCGGGGUUCGUGAUGAGCGCGGAGGAGGCCGAGCGCGCGGCGGCGGCGGCCGGGGUAGGGACGGUGGAGGACCUGCUGCCCCUGCUGGUCCCGUCGGCGAUGCGGCUGGCGCGGCCCCCGAUCUCACGGUUCCCCGUGGGCGCGGUCGGACUGGGCGAGAGCGGGCGCGUGUACGUCGGCGUGAACCUCGAGUUCCUGGGCGUGCCCCUGUCCCAGGUGGUCCACGCCGAGCAGUUCCUGAUCACGAACGCCGCCGCCGCCGGGGAGCGCGCGCUGCGCGCCAUCGCCGUCUCGCACAUGCCCUGCGGCCACUGCCGGCAGUUCCUGCAGGAGAUCCGCGGCGCCGCCGGGAUCCGCAUCCUGGUGACCUCCGACGCCGACGACGGAUGCGCGCCCGAGUGGCGCGCGCUGGCGUCGCUCCUGCCGCGGCCCUUCGGCCCGCACGACCUCCUCCCCAAGGACGCGCCCCUCGUGCUGGAGCCGCACGACAACCCCCUCGGCGACCCCGUCGACGCCGUCGCCAAUGGCUUCGCCGGCGGCGACCUGGAGGCGCGCCUGAGGGAGGCGGCCGAGGCGGCGGCGCGCGCGGCGCACGCGCCGUACAGCGGGUGCCCGGCGGGGUUCGCGGUGGCGGACGGCGAAGGGAAGGUGUACGCCGGGGGCUCCCUGGAGUCCGCGGCGUACAACCCGACGCUCGGGCCGGUGCAGACGGCCAUCAUUGCGAUGGUUGCCGGCGGGGGCGGCCCCGCCGGGGACGUGGUGGCGGCGGCGCUGGUGGAGAAGGACGGGUCGGUGACGGCGCAGGAGGCGACGGCCAGGAUCUUCCUGGCCGGCGUGGCGCCGCAGGCGACCUUCCACGUGUACAAGUAUAGAUCGUCCGAUGUGUGAUGCACGGCUCCUGGUGGAGGCGAGAUGGGACGAGAUAAUGUUCAUAAUCCAUAACAAGAAUAAGAAGAUGAGAAAGAAUCUUUGUGCAGAUGGGUGAGCUGUAAAUUCGACAUGGCGCUCGUGAUCGGACACCGAGAGCUGGGACCUUGAGUGAUUACUAUUCUUCUGUUCAUGUGUGUGAUAUCAGAAAAAAAACACUCUAAAUAAACAGGUGGUGGAGUAUUUUUCUUGGAA